GUCUUCUCUGCUGUCGCUCGGGAGCGGCCGCCGGUCGCCAUCGGAGGGUCGGGCCGGCUUUGCGCUGGUCCGCCGGGGUCCCCCCGGUCGUCCGGAGGGGGAUGUGGGGCCUCCGCGGCGGGGUCGGGCUGCUGGCGGGCGGGCCGGGGCGGGGUCCGCUCCGCGUGCCGUUCCGGGUUCCGGCGGGGCCCGGCCGCGGGAGCUGCUCGCCGCCCGCCGCCCGUCCCAACCCGCGGGUCUACCUGGACGUGGGCGCCGAUCAGCAGCCGCUCGGACGCGUGGUCCUGGAGCUUAAGGCUGAUGUAGUCCCCAAAACAGCAGAGAACUUCAGAGCCCUCUGUACUGGUGAGAAGGGAUUUGGGUAUAAAGGAUCCACGUUCCACAGAGUAAUUCCUUCGUUCAUGUGUCAGGGUGGUGACUUUACCAAUCACAAUGGCACAGGAGGAAAAUCCAUCUAUGGCAAUCGUUUUCCAGAUGAAAACUUUACUCUGAAACAUGUUGGAGCUGGUGUUCUGUCCAUGGCCAAUGCUGGUCCCAACACAAAUGGUUCGCAGUUCUUCAUCUGUACAAUGAAAACAGAAUGGCUGGAUGGAAAACAUGUCGUGUUUGGCCAUGUCAAGGAGGGUAUGGACGUCGUGAAGAAAAUAGAGUCCUUUGGUUCCAAGAGUGGAAAGACUUCCAAAAAGAUCGUAAUCAUGGACUGUGGACAAUUGAGCUAAACAUCCCUGGAAAGUGUCUGACCCAGAGUUAGUUUGGACUGUACUCUUUCAUGGGGAAUGGAGAAAAUAAUUUUAAGUUUUUAGCUUCUUUUUUGUGUGUGUGUGUGUAACUUGAGCUCAGUGAAUAUAUCAUAGCCAAGGCAGAUAAACUGUGAAGAAUGAUCUUUAGUGCUUUACCUUAGUCUUCUGCCACUACAUAAUCACAUUUAUGGCACAAGGAGGAUCUUUUAGCAUGAGCCCACCUAGAUGAACUUACCUGUUAUAAUUGCUGUUGUUUCUUUUAAAAUGGGUACCCACAUCUCACCAGACCCCAGUCACUAGUUGAAAAAGCCUUUCCUCAAAUGUAAAACCCAGAAUUGAUCCCUCACCCAACAUGCCCUGAGAACUGCAGAAGGAAUUACAGUUCUGAAUAGCAUCUGGUACACAAUGCAUUUUUCUUAAAGGGUAAUAAUCCAGGUGAGACCCAUUGUCUAUCCACUCAUAAGGGGCUAGACUAGAUGGUAAGCUCCUUGAGGGUGGGGGUCAUGCCUACUCAUAAGACUCUCUCAAGCACUUUUACAGGGCUCUGUAUUAAGCACUCAUCAAAUGUCAUUGAUUUGUUCAGGAGGUGGGUUACUUAGAGGUUCCUCAAAAUAGAUUAAGUGAAUGCAGUUUAGUUUGUGUUGGUUUUAUUUCUAGGGGACAUUUGUUUUCCAAAUCAAUAGAGCAGCAGUCACAUGGGCUGAAGUUUCUGAUACAGGAUAUUGUGUGUAAGCACAUUAUUAUGCCUGUGAGAGUGACUCACACUUUUUGUGGAGGUUGCUAUUGAAUUUGAGGGAGACGCACAUCCUUAUCGUUCAGUCCUUGAAAGAACUACACCAUUCUGAGCCAUUUGGUUGUUGAGGGGUGAAUAAAUUAGCCUUUCAACUUCUAGUCCCACACUGAUUUUUGUAGUUCUCUCUUCCUUAACAUUUCAGUAUCCAACUUGGAAUAAGAUAUAUACUGUUUUCCUACUUGAAGUUCAGUGCUCACUUGGAGUCUCUGGUAUAUUCGAGCUCUUUUGUUCUAGAGGAUGCCCAGUCUUGACUCCAGAGAACACUUGGAGCUGAGGAACUUGAUUCAGGUUGUUUGGGAAGAAAACUGUGAAGUAAUUCAAGCCUUUUUUUUUUUUUUUUUUUUUUGCAAUUUUUAAGCCAAGCCUUAAAAUACCUGAAUAAGUAUGAACACUUGUCAUAUAAUGAAUCAGAGUAUUCAUUCAGCAUUUACUGUGUGCAGAGCACUGGACUAAGUUCUUGGGAGAGUACCUAAUGUGAAUUUAUUUGCCAUUUAGAAAAGUUGUAAAUUACUCUUGAGGUUGAAAAUCUUCCAUGAGAGGCUAAAGGGGAAAUGUGAGGGGUUUUUUUUUAAUUGUUAAUUUAAGUUUUAUAGGAUUUUUAGUUUGACAAAUUUCUACCCUUGGCUCUGCUCAGUUUUAAAUGUAAAAAAUAAAACUUAUUUUAUUAU